AUGAGGGCCGAUGACCGGUUUGUGUAUUUGUGUUGCGCCCUACGCACGCUCUUCAAAACAGAGACAAGACACCGCCACCAUCCACUUUUCCACGCUCUCCCAUCCGACCGAGCAGAGUUCAAUGGUACCGCCGAAGAAGCCCAGGUCUUCCGCCAAAACCAGAACCGGCCUCAGCCCCCGGUCGAGAUCGGGUUGAAAUGUGACGAGACGCGGCCCGCGUGCCAACAGUGCUCGCGCAAGGGAAUCAAGUGCGGAGGAUUCGCGCAGGGCCUGAGGUGGUCGUUCAAGCACCAGCCCGUCCUCCAAGACCUGACGUUUGAAGACUUCAACGCCGCGCAGGGCUCAUCGAAGCGGCCCGCCGCUGAACAUGUGCCCGAGGGCCGGUCUCCUGCCGAGAGACGGAGUUCCGGCUCGUCCGAUACCAGUUCUGCGAGAGACCGGUACUCGAUCUCGUCGUCCUCGUCGUCUUCCAGGACCUCCGCCCGAGAAGAGGCAGAAAGACAGGGCAAUGGGAACGACACCACGGUAGAUCGGAGGAGCGACGACGGCCUCGAGGACAUGUCACGGAUAACAGUCGAAGAGCCGCCCAUCUCGCCUCGGCGUACACCCGCAAACACAUUGGUGCGACCACCGGAUCCCUCAUCAUCAUCAUCAACAACGAACGACCAACGCCAACGCCAACGCCAACAACGCCAACGCCAACGCCAACAACAGCACCAGCACCACCACCAGAACCAGAACCAGAACCAACUCGCCCCCUACUCUCUGACGCCCGGCCUCGCCGACACCUCGUCGGCCUUCGUCAUCAACUGGUUCGAACAGGUCUGCCCGGCGUGGUCCGGCUUCGACUCCAACACGAACCUCAACCGCAAGAUCGCCAUCGACCUGUGGCGCACCUCGGCGACGGUGUGCAGCUCCCUCGAGAGCAUGUCGGCCGCGUUCCUCGCCUCGCGCCUCCCCAGCAUGCGGCAGUCGGCCCUGCGGCUCAUGCAGCGGGCGACCGACUUCAUCCAGGCCGAGCUGCAGGUCGUCAAGGCCCGCCCCGACCACCGCGCCGUCCCGACCGGCCUCCUCUUCUCGCUCUUCUGCCUCGGCACCACCGUCUGCUGGAUCGACUCGCGCCUCUACGGCCUGCCCUUCCUCCGCGAGGCCCGGUCCCUCAUCCGCCGGCUCAACGCCCAGUCGGCCGCCGCCGCCGCCUUCUCGACCGCCAACCAGGACAUGCUGUCCUUCUUCAACAAGAGCCUGGCGUACUGCGAGAUGCUCCUGUCCGUGGUCCGCGACGACGAGCCCCUCGACCAGCAGGCCGACGACCACCCGGAGUCCCAGCUCCAGGUCACGGACGAGCGCUCGCCCCAUCCGUGGACGGGGGUGUCGACCCUCACGACGCGCCUCUUUGCCCAGUGCAUCCGCCUCUGCCGGACGGCCCGCCACCGUCUGCGGCAGGCCGCCAUGGACCCCCAAAAGUACUUUUCCAACGCGUUGCAGGACCUGAUCGGCGCCCAGCGUCUCGAGGAGCAGCUGCUGGAGCUCGACUUCCCCUCGGAGAGCCCCGAGGUCGACACGGGCGACAGCUCGACCCCCGUCUCCCACCUCGCCCGCGUCGCCGAGGCGUACAGGCUCUCGUCCCUGCUGCACCUGUACCAGACGUUCCCCGACCUGGUCUCGCUCCGGCUCCCCGCCGAGUCGCCCAUGACCGAGAGCGGCUCGGUGCCGUGGGACGAGUGGAUCAUCCCCCUGGCCCUUCGGCUGGUCAAGGUGCUCGAGCACAUCCCGGCCACGUCGGGCACCCGCGUCAUCCAGCCGCUGCUGUACAUCUCGGCGAGCACGGGGCUGAGGCACGACGCGCCGGCGGCCUCGGACAUGUUCGCCGCCUUCGGCUCCCUCCAGCAGGACCUGAUGGGCGGCACCGGCUCCAACAUGGUCAGCCCGCCGCCCCUGUUCGACUCGCACAACCUCUCGCUGUACAUCAGCCAGAUGGCGGACGCGCCGGCGCGGGAGGGCCCCAUGUCGAACAUGACCCUCGACGUCGGCAGCGCCCGGCACUUCGUCAUGAGGCGCCUGAGCAUCCUGGAGAGCAGCCUGCCCCCGACGCCCGUCGUGGUGGCCAAGGAGCUUGUCCAGUCCAUCUGGAGGGCGUACGACGGCGACAUCGGGUCGCCGACGGUUCACUGGAUCGAUGUCAUGGAAGAUAACGACUUGCGAUCAAUGUUUGGAUAG